AUGGAACCUUAUAAUGAAUCUGAGUGUUCAAUGCUUGGGGUAGAUCAGAGCUCCAGCAUCGACAUCAACGUCUUUCCACCGGUUAAUCAUGAAGGCCUUCACGCAUCUUCCCUUCAUUCCCAUCAAGAUGAACUUUCCCCAGAAAGUCAAACCCUGUUGAAACUUCCUAGCUGUCUGCCCAGUGUGGCGAACCUUCCCAGUUCCCAGCUUAACUUGACCCAGCUGCGGAACUUGGGAUCCAAGUUCUUGCAUCAGUAUGCAACUCGCAUCCACAGUUGGCUCCGGAAUCACUGUGUUUCCUCUGGAGGAAGUGGGAUCAUAUCUUUUUUCUUUGCUCCAUCCACCGCCCUUGCCACCAUGCUGUUGAUGUUGUGGUACUGGAGGCUUCAGAAGCAACGUCGGGUACUAGAAGAAAGUCGUCAUCAUUUGAUCAGAAUUGUCCGUGAAAGAGAUGAGGAGAUCGGUAAAUUGAUGCGUCAAAUUGCUCUCAUGAAAAAAGUUCUGUACAGAGAUGGCGCUUUGAGCCCUAGGACAACAUGAAAGGAAAAGCUCAAGCUCUUUCUGGUAGUUGUUUUGAUAACUAUCGCUUUAGGACUAUAGAUUGGUAGGUUUACUAAGAUUAAUGAUGAUUUUCUUAAUAUCACUUGUCAAAAGGCUUCACCUUUCUGCAAGUAUACACUUAUCAUUUUAACAGAAUGCCAAUUCAUUUUGAGGGAAAUGAUGUUUAAAUGGGCAGGUAACAUAAAAGUCAGUACUCAGUACUCACAAGACCCUGGCACCAGGGUCCAAGAAAGCACACAAUGCAAAGGUCCAAGAAAGAUUGUAUCCUAUUACCUGUAACCUAUUUUUACAGAUAUUACACUGCUUUCAAAUGUUACAACACAA